AUGGAGAUCCCGGAAGUGGGCAUCGAUGCACGCCAUUGUGUGCGGAUGGUCGAGGACUACCAUCUAUUGGACUUCUCCGAGCGCUUGAACACGAGCUCUUACGUAAAUGUCGUCUUCGAGCCAGAAGAGGAGCGGGUGGCGUUGAUGGGUCUGAAAGUGAACCUGGCCGACCAGACGGUCUAUCCGGAGUCCUUCCGAAU